CUCCUUGAACUUUAAAGAUCAACUAGUACAAUGACAAAGGUUUUUAUCACAGGAGCAACAGGAUAUAUUGGCGGCAGUAUCUUAUCCAGAUACUUAGAACACUAUCCGGAUUUCACUUUUAGAGCACUCGUUAGAUCUGCAGAGAAGGCAGACAAACUGAACGAAAUCAAGAACGUAGAGGCUGUAAUCGGUGACAAUAACAGUGACGCAGUCAUACAAGAGGAAGCCAAGAAUGCUGAUAUCGUAGUACAUACAUCUAUGUCUGCUGACGAUCUUCCAUCAACUAAGUCAAUUGUCAAUGGUAUUCUUAAGGGCAAGGGCAGGAAUGCGAUAUACAUCCAUGUAUCUGGUACAGGUGCUCUCGUUGACGAUGCUCGUGGUGCUCACGAUCAAAUUGCCUCAUAUGAUGACGCAGACAGCACACAUAUCAAUACACUGCCUGCUUCGAAUAUUCACAGAGACGUUGAUACAUACUUACUUGAACAGAGCGACAAAAUUCAAUUGCACUUGGUCUACCCAAGCACCAUCUGGGGGCAAAAUUAUGGACAUCAACUCGCAAAACGUGGUAUUAGCAACCCAAUCUCUAUGCAAAUACCAGAUCUUACGAAAGCUGCAAUUGCACUUAAGCAGGCCAAGACAGUCGGUGCUGGUAAAAACAUCUGGCCAAAUGUUAACAUAGAGGAACUUGUCGACUUAUUUGUUCUUGUCUUAGAUAACGCGCUAGCUGGUAAGAUCACAUCUGACAAGAAUGGAUCAUACUUCUUCGGUGCCACAGAUCAUUAUUACUUUAAAGAUGCUGUUAAAAUAAUUGCAGAAAGCCUUUCCAAGCAUGGUUUAUCAAAGAAUACAGUUGAACCAUUCACUGAUGAGGAAGCCAAGAAGUAUGUUGGUGGAUUUUAUCUUGGAUCAAACGGUCGCGCAACAGCAUCACGCGGUAAAAGCAUUGGUUGGUCACCAACAAAGGGCACGAAAGAAUUCUUCCAAGACAUUCCAAGCUUGGUCGAUGAUUUAGUCAAGAUUAGUAAAUAAAUAAUGAUAUUGUACAAUGUAUGUCUAAUGAAUUAAUGAUCACUACGACGACUGUCUUGCAUAGGUAACCAAAAAUCUAAUUCAGAUCCUGCUGCUGUAGCCAUCAUGAUCAUUUUUGGAUUAAA